UUGUGUGAAAAUGUGUGAAAGAACGAUAGCAGAGUACAAAGAGGAACUUUCUCGGACAAAAGAAGAGAACGAGAGACUACGUCAACUAUUGGAGGCUGUUUUCAAGAAAGCUCAAAUUGUGUUACACAGAACAGACUUCAAUGAAGAACAUCGUCCUCGUGAGCAGGAGGAGGAACCACAGUUCCCCCACAUACACGAGGAAGAAGAGGUACCACAGUCCCAACACAUCAAAGAGGGAGGAGAGGAGCCACAGCCCCCCCACAUUAAAGAAGAAGACGAGACGCCACAGACCCAUAAUGUUAAACUGACCCUUCACAUUAAAGGGCAAGCGGAGGACCCACUGAUCUUACACAUCAAAAAUGAAGAGGAAGACCUACUGACCCCUCACUUUAAGGAGCAAGAGAACCUGCUGACCCCUCACAUUAAAAAGGAAGAGGAUGACCCACAGACCGCCUACUUUAAAAAGGAAGAGGAGGACCAAGAGCCACCGUACAUUAAAGAGGAAGAGAAGGAAGAGGGCAUCAGUCAGCCUAAAUGGUUGGAGGAGUUCCCAGUGACUGGUGUCCCUGUGAAGAGUGAAGAUGAUGAGGUGAAAGGUGAAAGUGAGGAGAGGGGAGGGGGGGAGCCUCCAAGCAGCAGCUCAACACAACACAUGACAACAGAAGCUGAUGGAGACCACUGUGGAGGAUCACAAGCAGACAAGCUCUUAGCUCCACUAUCAGAUAGUGAGGACACAACGUCACACUCUCCUGACACUGAUGAUGAAGACUCCAAAGAUGAUAAGACAUGUCACACUGACAACACUCACUUCACAUGUUCUCACUCUCACAAAACCUUUAAAUACCAUUGUGAUCUGAAAAGACACAUGAGAACACACACUGGAGAAAAAACUUUUAUUUGUUCAACCUGUGGUAAAGGUUUUACACAAAAUCAUAAUGUGAAAGUACACAUGAGAACACACACUGGAGAAAAAACUUUUUCUUGUUCACUAUGUGGUAAAGGUUUUACACAAAGUCAGAAUUUGAAAAGACACAUGAGAACACACACUGGUGAAAAACCUUUUUCCUGUUCAACCUGUGGUAAAGGUUUUACAGUAGGUCAGAGUUUGAAAGUACACAUGAGAACACACACUGGUGAAAAACCUUUUUCUUGUUCAAUCUGUGGUAAAGGUUUUGCACAAAAUCAGAGUUUGAAAAUACACAUGAGAACACACAUUGGUGAAAAACCUUUUUCCUGUUCAAUAUGUAGUAAAGGUUUUACUAGCAGUCAAUGUUUGAAAGAACACAUGAGAACACACACUGGUGAAAAACCUUUCUCCUGUUCAAUCUGUGGUAAAUGCUUUACACAAGGUCAACAUUUGAAAAGACACAUUAAAACACACACUGGUGAAAAAUCACAUUCCUGUUCAAUCUGCAACAGAAGCUUUUGUGACCGGUCAAUGCUUGUAAGACACAAGAGAACACACACUGGUGAAAAGUCACAUUCCUGUUUAAUCUGCAACAGAAGCUUUUUUCAACGAUCAAACCUUGUAAGACACAAGAGAACACACACUGGAGAAAAACCUUUUUCCUGUUCAACCUGUGGUAAAGGUUUUACACAAAGUACAUAUGUGAAAGUACACAUGAGAACACACACUGGUGAAUAAUCACAUUCCUGUUCAAUCUGCAACAGAAGCUUUUGUGACGAUCAACCCUUGUAGUACACAUGAGAAGACACCCAGGAGAGAAAGUGUUGAGUUGCAGUGUGUGUGGUGAAAGAUUGUCUUCUAAGUACCAGUGUAAGAAACACAAGUGUGCUGGUGAGAACAGCAGCAGCAAAUGAAACUGCAGGAUUUGAAAUAAACUGUCCAGACUUUCAUUUUGACUUUCUAACAACAUCAGCACAUAUAACAUGUGUGACAUUGUUGUUUGUCUAACAAUCUGUUUAAUAUGAUCUUUACAUUUAUAGAUUUGAUAUUUUAUAUUUAUAUUUAUAUAUUUAUAUUUUAUAUUUAUAUUAUAUGUGUUGGAUCCGCUUUGGACUGGACUCUCGCGACUGUGUUGGAUCCAUCUUUCACAGUAUCAUGUUUUCAUAUGUUCUCAUAGUCAUCAGUAUCAUCAGUAUCACAGUAUCAUGUUCUCAUAGUCAUCAUUGUCACCGACGUCCCACUGGGUGUGAGUUUUCCUUGCCCUUAUGUGGGCCUACCGAGGAUGUCGUAGUGGUUUGUGCAGCCCUUUGAGACACUAGUGAUUUAGGGCUAUAUAAGUAAACAUUGAUUGAUUUAUUGAUAUUAAUGCUUUUUUCAGUCAAGCACAUGCAUUAAUAUCCAACUUUGUGUACUUUUAUUAAAAAAUGGACAGAACCAUUUGAGUAAAAAAGUGAGAGUAAACAGUAAAAUACAUAUUUUACAUGCAAUAAACAUGUGUGUAUGUAUACACACACACACACACACAUAUAUAUAUAUAUAUAUAUAUAUAUACAUACUGUAUAUUCAUCAUACAAUUUUAGACCUAAUUAAAUGAAAUAUUGAAGUAUUACAUAUUUGUAUUUGUAAUUGUUAAUAAUCCCAUAGAUUAUCACCUUUAUAUGAUAUACAUAUGUACUGGUUCACAUCUGAAACAUCUUCUGGACCACUUCAGGAAGCAUAUUAUUAUUUACUUUAUACAUCAUUUAAACAGUUGUCUUUUAUACAAUUUUAAAAUGUGUGUCUUUUUGAAUCAUUUGUUGGGUCUCUAUAAUCUAUUUUAUUCAUUAUCGUUAUUACUCAGUAUUAUGAUGAUUGUGUUGUGAUUGUUUUAUAUGUAUGUCCCCAGACCUUUAUGCAAUAUACAAGUGAGAGAAAAUAGCUGAUUUUUAUUUUGUGAAAGGACGGUUUUGUUUUCACAAACUUACAUAUGUGGAUAUAUCAAAUAAAUCCAGUAUUGUGUUUUCAA